CAGCCCACACAGGAGCCAGCUGCCUCUGAGAUGAGGUCGCUGGAUUAAAACAAACACCAGGCUUGCUAUAUAAGGACCAGGGGGCCCCUGGGCACCACCUUACCAGGAAUCCCAGGGCUACCUGAAGCCAUGUUCUCUGCGGGGACCAUCUGCAGCCUGCUGCUCCUCAGUGUGCUCUGGGUGGACGUGGCCAUGGCAGGCUCCAGCUUCCUGAGCCCCGAACAUCAGAAAGCCCAGCAAAGAAAGGAGUCCAAGAAGCCACCAGCCAAACUGCAGCCCAGAGCUAUCGAUGGCUGGCUCCACCAAGAGGACACAGACCAGGCGGAUGGCGCAGAGGACGAGUUGGAGAUCAGGUUCAAUGCCCCCUUUGACAUGGCAAUCAAGCUGUUUGGGGCUCAGUACCAGCAGCACAGCCGGGCCCUGAGGAAGUUUCUUCAGGACAUCCUUUGGGAAGAGGCCAAAGAGGCCCUGGCUGACCAGUGACCACCUCCAAGAUGGGCCUGCUCUUAGCUUUCCUCCCAAUCUGGCAUUCAGAUUGCUUCUGCACGACCCCCAGUCCUCCUGUACUAGGUUUGAGUGAAUAAAACCUCACACUUUCACUUA